AUGGACAUGGUGGACUUUAACCUUCAUCACGAUGUGCGAUCGGAUAAGCACCCAGCGUGUGUGCUGGCAGCAACGUUAAAGGACUUGGCUCGCCAGAUGUACUACCUGAAUAAGGAAGUGCAGGAGGGAGUGAUGCAGCCAAUGAAACAGUUCCUGCAAGUGGAGGUGAAUGGGUCGGUGGAGAUGCAGAAGAAACUCGACAUGGCACGGGACCGAUAUCAAACCGCUUCCACCAAGUUCUCGGGCGUCUCGCACAAGACCGACAUGACACACUUUACCAAGGUCUGUUCCUCCACCUCACUAGCACAGCUGAACAAUGCACUCACCCAAGCACAUGCGCAGUGGGAGAACGAGGUCGCAGAGUCGAAGCAGGAAUACGAUCUGAUCUACUUCAAUGGCAUGACGAAGAUGAUGGAGGUCGAGAGGAACAAGAUCCAUCUCAUCCACUCGCUCUUUUACCACUUCUAUGUCACCUACCAACGCUUCUUCGACACCACGGGCCAGACCUUUGACUCCAUCAUGCCCGAGAUGCUACUCUGGAAAGAAGCCAUCGACGAGGGGCGGAAGAGAGCUAGGGAGCAGGCGGCUGAAAAUGACGACAUCAUGAUGGACCACGUAUCGAAGCUGCAGCAGUCGGGUUUCAAAUCGCGAGAAGCGCUUGAGCUGAAGUCGCCACGGGUAAACAUGCUGGGCAAUCCGGUGGAGCCCGAUAGGCAGGGGUACCUCUUCAAGAAGAUCCCCAAGAAGGGAAAGGGUUGGAAGUGCUCCUGGUUCGUCCUCGAGAGGGGGAUCCUCAUGUACUAUAAGAACAUCAGGAGGGAGGUGCCGGAUGGAGGCUUGAAUCUUCUCCUGUGUACAGUCAAGGAGGUCCCCGAGAAGCAUCUUUGCUUCCAAGUAAUCUCCACGGAUGACCAAUUCAAUCUAAGCCGGCGGAGAGGACUCCUCGGAUCCGAGAAGGCUACCCUCGGCAAGCAAGAGCAGUCUAAUCCCUACUGGGCAGUGCUCAACUGGGGCGUGCUGAUCUGUGUCAAGUGCUCCGGCACACAUCGAAGUCUGGGCGUGCACAUAUCCAAAGUCCGGUCGCUCGAUUUGGACAAAUGGGAGCCGCAGCAACUGGGGUUGAUGAAAUCGAUCGGUAACGCUCUCUCCAAUACGUUGUGGGAAGCCGAUGUACCGGAAGAGUGGGCCGCACAGCGACCAGAGCCAGAAUCAGAUGGCAAAACUAAGGAACGGUGGAUCAAGACCAAGUAUGUCGACAAGGCGUUCAUUCAUCGGGCAAACUUAAGUCCGAAUGAGUUAGGCCAGAACCUGCGAGAUGCGGUGCUGGCGAAGGAUUACACUGGCGUUUUGAAGAGCAUUCUCCUGGGGGUAGACAUCAACUGGGCCGACCCCGAGGAUAGCUCGCGCACGGCGAUUCAUGUGCUGCCCUUCUCCGGCGGCACUGCAGCGAUGCUGGAGUUCCUCUUGCAGAACGGUGGCGAGGUCAACGCCGAGGACGCCAGCAAACGAACACCGCUACACUACGCCGUUGAGAGUGAGCGGCCCGACCUUUGCAAGAUCAUGCGUUCGCGUGGAGCGUCACUGGCCAAAGUCGACGCAGAAGGUCGCACACCGUUGGAGUUGGCAGAGAGUUUGAAGCAUGAGGGCUGCGCGGCGGUGCUGAAGGACGAAAGGAAGGAAUCGAUCGGGGCCGAGCCGCUCACGCCCAAGAACUCGUUCACCGGGAUGGGCUCGGCUGCGGCGGCCAGCGGUGCGUCGCCGCCGGAGGACAUAUCCAAGGCCCUGCGCGGCAGCCUCAACUUGCUCAGUAGCGGAUUUUCCGGCUCGCCGGGGCCAUCGCGGAGGGAAGUCAAGGAGAGGGACCGAUUCCAGCGGACCACCACACCGCCGGGCAAGCUCAACAAACCGCGGCUCAUCACCAUGAUCAAGGACCAGGUGAUUGGUAGAAAGAAGGCAUUCACGAUCAGCGAGCCGCGGCUGGGCGCCUUGCCCAAGGACCGAGACGAGCUGGGCUCCCCAUCGGGCGGCGUGGCGACGUCGCCUGUCCGCCGAUUGAAGGGUUCGUUCGAGGGCGUGGACGACUACGCCCUCGAGGAGGACGACUCGGCCGCAUCGGCUUCUGAUUCCGAAAACGAGUCCAGCAGCGCCGGCGAGAGGUCGACCCGCCCGCCGUCGCACACGAUCGCCGCAACGACUCGAAGGAGCGAUGGCCUUCCGCCGGCCCUGCGGAACAGUUCGGAUGGCGCCAGCUCGGACGGAGAGACGCCAUCGAUCAAUGGCAACGAACAGCGGAAGGCCCGACACACCGACGCACCACUGGUGAAGGGAGUGAUCCCUCGCGCGCGGCGGCGCAAGUCCACCGACCUCACGCCCAUCGUGCUGGGGCAAGCCCGCGAGCGCAAGGACAGCAGAGCGUCGCCAGGUGGUGAACCGACACCACCAGGCACUACCGCCACCAGCGGCAGCAGCACCAGCAGCAGUCACAACAACAACAACAGCGCCAGCGGUGCGACCAAGGAGAAGGAGGUGGACAACACGAAACGGGAUCAGGUCAGAAACAUUACUUCGAGCGCGGCCUACGCCACGCCGCCGAAGAGGAACAACUCGACCGAGUGGGUCAAGUCGCCCAGCCGGGCCACGGCGAGCGAGCGGGGCUUGUCAUCGUACUCCUCUGCCGGCACCACGAUGUCGUCAUCGCCCCCGACAUCCUCUCCGCUCUCCACCUCCAGCGGUACGCUCUCGUCUACGGCCACGAUCUCGUCGUCCCUGCACGUCUCCACCCCCGAUUCCCGUCGGCGACGAAAGAGCGACGCGACGAGCAUGGGCGGGACCAUGCGCGAGACAACGCGCAAGAAGGGCAAGAAGAAGCAGGUGCAGCUGCAACCAGACGAGCUCCAGCUCCAGCCCGAGCCGCCUUUGCCUUUGCAUUCACCUUCACCUUCGCCCUCACCAUCGCCGUCGGCCUCAGCCUCGGCCUCACCCAGCGGCGGGGCGUUGCCGCAGCUGUCUGUCGACCCACCGCCCAAGGAGGGUUCCAGCGGCGGCAAGACCGUGGGCAAGAAGCUGCGCUCGCUGCGACACUCGUUCGGGCGGCGCGAUCAGCAGCAGGAGCUGCAGAAGGAGACGGCCACGUGGAGCUCGGCCACCAACCUCUCGCCCUCCGCCUGGGAGAGCGGCUCCGGCCAGAUCGCCACCAGGAGCGGCGAGCCUGCCCUCGGUCGCAGCGGCAGCGACAUCCAGCGCAGCAGCAGCAAGAGGGAUCGGCCCAGUCUUGGCGAGUGGGAGCUAUGA